UUCCGAGUGAGCAUCCAUAAAAUGCUUAGUAUUCACUGUUUUUAUGUUGAUGAACUUCAUCACUGAGUCUGCCUUCUUUGAAUUUUUUACGUUAAAUUUAAUUAAACGAAAUGGAAGGUGCUGAAGGAGGAGGCGAUUCACUCGGGGAAUCUUUCUUAAACAGCAGUACCCAAUAUGUUGUGGAGGAGGAGAAUGGACUCGUGAAGGCAGACGACGGGGAUGGAGACAAGUCGGAUCAGAUGCACGAUCAAGCGUGCUUUACGCCAUUCAGAGAGCAGGAUAGAUUUUUGCCGAUAGCAAAUGUCAGCAGAAUAAUGAAGAACACUAUACCAGAUACUGGAAAGAUAGCCAAAGAUGCUAAAGAAUGCAUGCAGGAGUGUGUUUCCGAAUUCAUCAGUUUCAUCACCAGCGAAGCGAGCGACCGCUGUCAGCAGGAGAAGAGAAAGACGAUCAAUGGCGAGGACAUUCUAUUCGCGAUGUCAACGUUGGGCUUUGACAGUUACGUAGAACCCCUGAAACUCUACCUGCAGAAAUACCGAGAGGUGAUGAAGGGAGAGAAGGGAUACGGCGGUGCGUCGAUGGAAGCUUCAGGCGGCUUGGAGGAUAUUAACGAGGACUCUUACUCGGCGCAGACUCUGACGGCGACAAUGUUGGAACAGACGACAUCGGGUCAGCCGGGAAUCGUCUACGCGACGGGCGACACGACAUUGCAGCUGACCACAGCCGACCAGCAGGUCGCUGGACAGAACAUCAUCUAUACAACCACUCAGUUUCCUACCGUCAAUCAGUUGCAGCUUGGAUGAUGCGAGCGUGCGUGCGUGAGCCAUCAGGGACACCGACAAGACUGAGAGAAGCUGAGGCGAAGCUGAGGCGAAGCUGUACAUAGUAUUAUUAAUGUUUGCACCAUCGUCGACCGUGUAAAUACAUCAGUAGAAGUCACCGUCUGUGGAGUAGCAUCACGUGUUUUCCGUAUCAGUGCCCUGCCCUGCAGCAACCGAAAUCCUGCCAUCUUCAAUCGCGUCUCGUAUUUAGUAACCACUGAAAAUGGGGAUUUUUGUACCUUUUUAAUAUAGUUUCCUGUACGAUAGCAAAUUAAGUUUCCGAGUAUUGGCAUUAUAUUGUCGAACGAAAAAUAGUCGAGAUUGUUUGAUUCUCCAUUGCUUUUCAUAUUUAUCUAUUCAUCGGCUGCAGUGUUUCUGUCUUUAAUGUUAAGCCCAGGUCCGCUUUAAUGUCAUGUAAAAUGUGAAGUCAGUGUGGACCAGACACCAUUUAUGUUUGUGUUUGCACGUAGAGGUCAGUUCUGUAAUGAACAAAAAUAUACCAGUAUACCAUAAUAACAAAUGCAAUUACGUAGUAGGAAAUGAGUUUGUAACUAUGGUCUCCUCAUAAUAUCUAUUUAUCUACCAUCAAUGUUGUCAACUUAAUUCAUUAAAAAUAAAUUAAGGACCAUUUUAUACACAA